AUGGCUGUGCCGCUGCGGGGCCAGCGGGCCGCGGCGCUCCUACAUUUCCUCUGCUUCCUCUGGGCGGUUUUCGCCGUCAGCCAGAACGCGGGGUUUCCCAGGUCGGUCCGCAAGGAACCGGACGUCACCUACGGGGGCUCCUGGAAACACCUGACCUUCCUCAACCAGGUGGUGGUGGCGGCGGCUGCGAAAAGGGAACGAGGGAGAGCGGGAGGACGCCGCGCGUGCGCAGACGGAGCGCUCCUUGGCCGCACGUGAAGGGCGGCGCGCGCGGGAAGGUGGGGGAGGGGGAGAAAGAGAGUUGAAAUAGGUUAGGGCGGGUGAACCCGCUGAGGUAAAUUUAGUUUCUUUUGUGUGCCCCUUCCCCCCGUGAGUUUUAUAGCAAAAAGUGAUAAUUAGUUAUACAUCACCCUAACUGGCAUCAGUUACUCCUAAGUACGCUAUGACUCGCAUGCCCCCGUUUAUUGUUGUUGUUAUUUGUUGAGUCCCUGUCAGGGGAAAAGGCGAAUAUAAAUAAAUAGAUAAUGAUGAUUUCCCCCCAAAAAAGGACUCAGAGCAACUUUAACACAUAAAAUCUUGUUUGCGUUAAGAUACAAUGUUGGUGAGGGAAAUAUAAAGGCCUUUAGAUAAUAGAUACUCUGAACCAACCAGUAAUAUGCUUCAAAUUAUUUUCCUUGGCUGAGUACACCUAAUAAACAUUUAAAGCGCAGCCAAUGAAUUCUGGGAACUGUAGUUUGCUAAGAGUGUUGGGAAUUGUAGCUCUGUGAGGAGUAAGCUACAGUUCCCAGGAUUCUUUUUUGAGGGGAUGGGUGGAAGCAAUGUGCUUUAAAUGUAUGGUGUGUUAAGAAACUAAACCAGAAAAGGAAAAAAUAUACAUACUGAGCCCCAUGCGUAUUUCUAAUAGCUUCUUUGUGAUUUCAUAGGUUCUACAGACAAUCCUGUAUCUGUUAUGUGUCAUAUCUGAUACUGUAGCUCUGUGCAUGCCUUCAUUAGAAAAAAGAGUAUCAUCACUGGUGGUGCCUCUCAGAGAUUUCAUCUUCUCUUCGUAUGUGUUUCCUAUUGGCUUAGUAAGUAACUACUGUUUCUAUUAUUGAAAUACGUGUGUACUAUAAAACAGCGCUCCUCAUACCUGAUGCAUCCUGAUGUUUGGAACUACUUCCAUUAUCCCUGCUGGCUAGGUCUGAUGGGCGAUGUUCUCCAGAUUUCUAAAAGACUGUCACAAAGAGCCUGGCAUGUCUAAAUGAAACCAACAGCAUUGAUCAUUCUUAAAAUACAAUAAGUAACUGUUGUUGUUGUUGUUGUGUUGUUUUCAUUUAAUUAUCUUGCUCCAUUCCAAGGGUGCUGAGUAGAUUGUCACCUGGUAUAUUUAAAAAGGGCUGAUUUCCCUCCAAAUGGUUUGAAUCUAAGAUGAGUGUAGGGCUUUACAAAUCCCAUUCUUAAAACCUACCACAUUAUCAUUUAAAUCAGGAGAAACUUUGUUUUGAGAAGAAAAGCCCAGAUAGUUCAUUUUUAAUAAUGAAGCUAACAGACCUAUAGAAUAGUUAAUGAUAGUCUAGCACGAGCAUUCAUAGAUGCCACUGGAGAAAGGCUAGUAGGUUCAAGACUUCCUCCAGGCGUCUAGUUCCCAGUUUGGUACCCCCUCACCAUUGAGGCUGGGAGCCUCAAUAGCACCCCUCUGGAGGCUUCACCUGGGGCAGAAAAACCGGGUAAAAAGAAGCAGUAGGGAAACCUAGUUUCAACAAGAAUAGACUGUCCAAAGCUACUAUUUGCAUUUCAAUGAAAGUCUGCACUGGCAUCUCUGGCAACUUCAGAGAAGUUGGCAGGACUGCGUGGGAGAGAGAGUGUGUAUAAGGGCUUGUCCACAUGAGUUUACUGUUCUGUUUGCAACUGUUUGCCCAUUUAAUUUGCAAAGCAUACAUGUUACUCUCAGACGACACCAAUCUUGAUAUGUUCCCCCUAUAAAUUUAGGUCUAUCUGAUAAGGAGAUAAUCCAGUAAAUUGGGAAAUUGGGCUUCAAGAUGCUUUGCUUGGGGUCACAGACAAUUUGUUUCUGUGUUUUAAGGUGGGUGCAUCAUUCAUCACUUUCUGCUACUCCCCUUUUCACAUCCACUGCUUCCUCAAUGUUAUUUAUUUAUUAAGAAUUUGAACAACAGGCAGUAAAAGCAAUCAAUUCCAUCACCAUAAUGCAUUAAUGAAAACUAUGACAGCCAUUCAUAUGACUGAAUAUUAUUAAAUUGUUAUUGUUCAUAUAUUAUUGAAACAUAUAUUUUCACAAUUCUCUUGAGUCUUUGAUGGGUUCAUCCUCUCAUCCUGUUUAUUAAUAAAAUCAAUAAAAUCAGACCAAGUUUCUAAAAAAAAAUAAAAAUUGUUGUUGCCCUUGUGCCUGAACUUGACUACAGUGGUACCUCGGGUUACAUACGCUUCAGGCUACAGACUCCGCUAACCCAGAAAUAGUGCUUCAGGUUAAGAACUUUGCUUCAGGAUAAGAACAGAAAUCGUGCUCUGGCGGCACAGUGGCAGCAGGAGGUCCCAUUAGCUAAAGUGGUGCUUCAGUUUAAGAAAAGUUUCAGGUUAAGUAUGGACCUCCAGAAUGAAUUAAGUACUUAACCUGAUGUACCACUGUAGUUAGUUUUUCUGACUAGUCAAUAUAAUUAUCCAUGCUUCUAACAAUAGGUAACAAUAGAUAAUGAGUCCUUCCAGCAUGAUUGCACAACUAGCAAAUGCACUGCUACAAACAAAAAAGCAAGCAUUUGCUUAUAUGGAAUUUCAAUAUUUUGUCUACUGAAGAUUGUUGACUGUAUUUUAAUUUCUUUUCUAGCUGUGCUCACAACUAUUUCCAGUAUGCUACUGAAUGUAGGGUUGUAGCCUUAUCUGUCUGUGUAUGUUUUCUUUUGCUCCCUUAAGAUUGGCACAUAACUAGAAAACUGUACAUUAAACAUUCUGCACUAGAUAUUGUACAGCUAUUUGAUAAGUGUGCUUUGAGAAUUUACAGUUAUGACUGUGCUGCUUGCUCCCCCCCCCCCCCACUUCCUGGUUGGGAAAAACUUAAAAGUUCACACCAAGCUAACUGCCUACAGGCCCUUUCAGUACUUAAUUGACAUAACAAAAUAAACAAAUUAGAAGGUGACAAACACAGGAGGGAGCGCCUGCUGGUAUGAAGGGGAAAGUCUGAAGCUGUACCUCAUAUACAAAUGCAAAUACGUUUGGACUACUCCAGUCUAAUUCAAAUGGGGUGAGAGGGAAAGGGAUUCAUGGCUAAAUGGUGCUCAAAUGCGGACAAACACUUAAACUCACUACUUAGGUUUCCUUGCAGCUAUUUAUUUGCAAAACAAGAAAGCUUGAACCUUAAUACAGAGUGUUUGAUGCUAAGGUUUUUUAUUAUUUUUAUCUGGAGAAAUAAAAGAAAGCUAUAUGCACAAUAAUCAGGUUUUAUUCACUGUAAUAAGUGAGCUGCGGGAAGAAAGAAGGGGAAAAGUUAACAGAUUUUUUGAUUUGGAAAAACAUUAACUGUCUAUUGUUACUAUUUGUCUGAGGAUACAAGUGUUAAUUGUCAAAUGUUUUAAUGACAGUUUGUACCUGUUGCUUUCUGGAGCCUUUACGUAUAUGACAGAGAACUAGUAUAUCCUUUACAGCUGGAUGACGUUAAUCCAAUUUGGCUUAAUCAUACUAUGGUAAGUGUACACCAUUUGUUUUUCAGGUAUCUCUUUUGCUGUGUUCAGUUCAUUUAUUGUUUAUCUGAUCGUAAUAUUUUGCAGAACUUAGGUAUAAGGGUCAGUUCAAAUGUAAUAGGUAAAAUGAUUGUUUAACAUUGUGUGCAUAAGCUGCAGUGAACCUUUGGAUCAUGUGUUCCCAUUUCCUCUUCUAGAGCAUGCCAAGGAUGAGAUCAGAAGCACAUUCUUCUAGGAUUAAAUUAAAUGGACCACCCUGUUAUGUCCAAACUACCGUGGGGCACACAGCAAGAACCCAGCCACUGAAUCCUGUGGAAUCUCUGCACACAGGAAUUUGAAUCCCCUUAUACCACUAUGCAAACAUAUCCCUCAUACAUUAUUUGGACUCUACAGCAAAGGGAAGGAAGGAGAGGGCAUGUAGCACAUCAUUCAGAUAGCCCCAUUUAAGAUGUAUAGCUACUUUGUUGUUGUUUAGUUGUUUAGUCGUGUCCGACUCUUCCUGACCCCAUGGACCAGAGCGCGCCAGGCACUCCUGUCUUCCACUGCCUCCCACAGUUUGGUCAGACUCAUGUUUGUAGCUUGGAGAACACUGUCCAACCAUCUCGUCCUCUGUCGUCCCCUUCUCCUUGUGCCCUCAAUCUUUCCCAACAUCAGGGUCUUUUCCAGGGAGUCUUCUCUUCUCAUGAGGUGGCCAAAGUAUUGGAGCCUCAGCUUCACGAUCUGUCCUUCCAGUGAGCACUCAGGGCUAAUUUCCUUAAGAAUGGAUGCGUUUGAUCUUCUUGCAGUCCAUGGGACUCUCAAGAGUCUCCUCCAGCACCAUAAUUCAAAAGCAUCAAUUCUUCAGCGAUCAGCCUUCUUUAUGGUCCAGCUCUUAUUUCCAUACAUCACUACUGGGAAAACCAUGGCUUUAACUAUACGGACCUUUGUUGGCAAGGUGAUGUCUCUGCUUUUUAAGAUGCUGUCUAGGUUUGCCAUCGCCUUUCUCCCAAGGAGCAGGUGUCUUUUAAUUUCGUGACUGCUGUCACCAUCUUAUUCCCACCAUAAACAGACGACAUCAUCCAUUCACCCUUGCUCCACUGCUAGCUGCUUCAUAUAACCACUGAGCCUCUUGGACUUGCCGAUCGGAAGGUCGGUGGUUCGAAUCCCCACAAUAGAGUGAGCUUCUGUUGGUCUGUCCCAACUCCUGCCGACCUAGCAGUUCGAAAGCACGCCAGUGCAAGUAAAUAAAUAGGUACUGCUGUGGCAGAAAGGUAAACAGUGUUUCCAUGUGCUCUGGUUUCCAUCACGGUGUUCCGUUGCAGCAGAAGCGGUUUAUUCAUGCUGGCCACAUGACCCGGAAAACAGUCUACUGACAAACACCGGCUCCCUCGGCCUGAAAGCGAGAUGAGCAGCGCAACCUCAUUGUCGCCUUUGACUGGACUUAUCUGUCCAGGGGUCCUUUACCUUUUACCUUUUAUACCAUGACAGCCCUUGUCUCACUUGUGCAGGCUGAGACUACUCCCUGACAUUCCCCAGAGCCUGCAUGAAAAGGGAGUGGUGGAGGGGUCACAACCCCCACCCACUCCACCAGUCAAAGCGAGAUUGAACUAUGGUGUGGGAAAAUGUUAUUUUAUAUGCUAACUCCAAACAGCAAAGUCAAAGCCUCUGUUGGACAUUCUCAGGGCUAGAAUAGGCUCUGAAAGCAAAAACACACAUGUAUGUGGUUGACAACCAGUCACCCCAACAGAACUCCUGGGCCUUUGAAAGAGACAGCAGAAUAAUAGGUGUAGCAGGUCAUAACAGUGGCGGAUUUAGGGCAGUGCAGAUGGUUCUGCUACUGAGCUGAGGGGACUAAUAAUAAGGUCUAACCCAUAUCUAUACAUGUACAUAUUCAAAGUUGCGGGGGCACCAAAUUUUAUCCUCAGGGUGUGAUAUUACGAGUGAUUGCCAAAGAAGAAGACUUAGCUUGAGGAAACUGAGCUAAGGAACUGCUUGUGUCAGGGAGGAAACCACUGUGGCAAAGAAUUAAUAAAUUUCCCAAGAUGGAUCAGACAGCCAUAGAAAAUGAUGCCAGUAAUUGCCAGCUGAUUGAAAAUGCUCUCAUCUGCUACUAUUUUGUAACUGCUGCUACCCCUGCAUAUGCCAGUGGACCUCAGUCAUUUUCAACCAUCCUAAGUGGGCCCUACAGGUAGUAAAUUUGAGAACCGCUAAGCUAGACUAUAAAAAUAUGUAUUUGGAAUAAAACAUGGAACAGAAGUUCAAAAAGCUGUAAUUUAAUACAACUAUUGAAAACAAUACAACAAACAAUAAAACUUUGUUUUGAUUUGCCAUAUGUUUCCAGCACUUAUAUUUGUGUGUGUUUGUGUUUUAUUUUUUAGCAUACCACCAUCCUCCCACUGCUUUUCAUAGAAUUGUUCAUUUGUGAUCAUAAGUAUCCCCGUAGAUGUAGAGGAAUUUUGGGACUUUGCGCCUUUGCAGUUGUAUACCUCUCAUGGUAGGUAUCAAGUAUCUUUUUCAAACACACUUCAAAUAUAAAGCAUUUUUAAUCAUUUUCGUUGGAUUGUUCCUUUUAUAUUAGCAAAUCCUUUUUUAAAAUAAAUUUUAAAAAGCAUAUUGUGCAUGCUGCCUAUUGGAAUCCGUGUGUUUAAUGGCUUCUUUAAAAUAACUACUUUAAUAUAUUUAUCAUGUUGAUCUCAAGAUACUUUAAACGUACAACAUCAUUUUAUCAUAAAUUGUCUGAUAAACUCAUCUAGUAUAAAACUAUAUGAAAAUGCUUAUAUUCAAUAUUCUAUUUGUUUCAUAUAAUUAAUAACAUUAGACCAAAUUGUUAUUGGUUUCGUCUCCUUUCUCUUAAACAUACCAUUUUAACAAGUUUAAAGGUCAUGGCAGUGUUGGUAUCUUAUUAAGCAACUCUUGUUUCGUUGAUAUUUUAUGAAUGUGCCAUUUAGCAGCUAUUAACAUUUUUGCUGUUAUCAAAUUUCUCAAUAAAUUAUGAUGAUCUGAUCACACAUCAUUUUCAAAAUAGCCUAAAAGAAUUUGUAAUUGAUGCAAUGUAAUUAUACAGUGAAACCUCUGUUUUCGAGCAUCUUGGAAGUCGAACAUUUUGGCUUUCGAACGCCAAAAACCCAGAAGUAACUGCUUUGGUUUUCAAACAAUUUUCGGAAGUCGAACGUGCCAUUUUGAGUUUCCCUAUUGUUUUGAGGCUUCUGCUUUCAGUUUUAGAACAUUUUGGAAGUCGAACGGUCUUCUGGAACAGAUUACAUUUGAAAACCGAGGUUCCACUGUAUUACAUUUCUAACAAUUUUUGGCUUCUUUGAACUAAUUUUCUGUAAUUCGUUGGAAUGUUUAUGCAGCCAUAAAAUAUUGGAAGUAAAUAUUACACUGCUAAUGCCUAUUGCUCCAUUACCAUUUCUGUAAUUACCGUAAGCAUAGUCCUAUUAUCAUUACUUUGAUCCAUUUAUGCAAGACCUUAAAAUACCAUUUCUGUGGUAGCAGGCACAGAUUAAUUCUAGUGUAGCCAUUUAGUUAUUAUUUUUGACUAGGUAAAUUAAUUUAUCAUGAGCAGCGCACAGGCAAAUAGCUUUUUUAGUCUUAAAUUUUGACAACAGAUGCCACAUGUAGCACAUGUAGCUGGUGUAAAUACACAGUUCAGAAACUGCAUAUCAUUCCUUUAGGUUCCUAGGAAUAGAAGCUUGAGGGCUCAAUAAAGCUGCCCUUCAGUGCCCGUUACAUUAGAUUCCUUAGCAUGCAGUUGUUGGAGCUCUGAAGAGGAAGCUAUAUACCGUAUUUUUCGCUCUAUAGGACGUACCGGACCACAAUACGCACCUAGUUUUUAGAGGGGGAAAUCAAGAAAAAAAUAUUGGAUGGAUCCCGCUUGCUGCUUUGGCUUCCUCUUUAGCCUUGCACAGCCUCUCCAGCCGGGAGAGGCUGCGCAAGGCUAAAGAAGUCAAGGCAGCGAGCACUAUCCAUUUUCUACGAGGAGGGAGAAGGGACUGACUGGCCGUGUCAGUCCCUUCUCCCUCCUGGGGAAAAGCCCGCAAGAGCUGCGUGGAGCUUGUGUGCGGUUCUUGGGGGCUUUUCCUGCCUGCCUCCCCCUGCAUUUGCUCCAUAAGACACACACACAUUUUCCCUUACUUUUUAGGAGGGAAAAGGUGUGUCUUAUGGAGCGAAAAAUACGGUACUUGUUGCUGUCUGGUGUUUUUAUGGUUCUGUGGUUGGUAUGCUGAUAGAGAUUAUAGCCAUAGCUACCUCAAACCAACCUGCAAACCCAUUUUUAACCAUGUCAAGCAUUAAUUAUAAACCAACUAUACAUGGUGGGAAGCAUUACAUUAGAUUUCACAUGCUUUAUACCUCUUCUAGAUGCUAAAAAGUCUUCACAAAUACUUACCAAGCCCCAUUUCACUCAGAAAUUUCUGUUGAAUAAUCUUUAUUUUUUAAUGAAGAAAAAUUAGUUGUUUUGGGAAAUGAGAUGAUCUAGCAAAAGUAAAAGGAGAUGAUCUAGCAAAAAUAAAAUACUCAUAGGUCAUAUGGUCCUCCAUUUAAAUCAAUAUUGCUUUCAAGUAUGAAUUGUACUUCUAUGUUUUUAAGAAAAUCCAAAUUUAUGCACUUAACUUACAGUUUUAUAUUUGAAAUUAUCAGCAAAUAUAGAAUAGUUUUUCCAUGCAACUUCAGAAAUCAACUAUCUACCUAUAAAAUUUAUGGCUAUUUGUGACUCUGUCUCCCCUUGUUUCUAGGAUAAUGUGGGUAAACCAUGCAAGUGGGAUUUGGGCAUAUCCAGUUUUAGGAGUGCUCAGUCCAUUAGGACGGGCAAUAUUUAUCUCCAUAUCUUUUCUUAUAAUGGUAAUCUUCUACUUCGUUGGGGAGCAACUAACAAAACGCUUGUGGGGUAAGUAGGAUUUUUUUGUUUGUAUUUUCAGUGCUGUAGCUGGCACAAGGAAUGGACUUUCCCAAUAUUCAAUGCAUAAGUGAGGAGAAGAGUCAUUUAAGUUGGUUCCCCAAGAAAGACUGAAGUCAUAAAGUCACUUAACCUGGGAGUAAUUUCAAUGUAUUCAAUGAACUUUUGAGAUGACUUGUCUGAGACUGAGCUGUGAAUGUGUUCAGUCAGAUGCAAGUUCUGUUUCACUUAUAAAAAGACUAUAGUGAUAAAUACAAUACCUCCUGGGUGCACUUCUGUGCACUGAAGGGAUUCCCACAGGCAUUUUUCUGAGCCAUCCCUUUCACCCCAAAGAUUCUUGGCCAACCACUCUGCCACUGUACUAAAUGCUUUGCAGCAGCUUGACCAUUUCAGACCUCAUGAGGUGCUCCCACAGUACACAUAGUUAUCUAGAAGCCCGGCACACAAGCCUCUUCCACAGUCAUCUGAAAUACUCUGUGUACUGAGGACUUGGAGAGAAGUGUGUCACUACAUAUCUGCAUGUGAGGUCCAGCUGGAACUCACAUUAACAUGAAUAGCACAGCAUCAGCAGUUACAAGUGGGGGAAGCAGAGAACCCAGAAGAGCAUAGGUUGUCAGUUAGUGGGUCAGGACGCACUGCCUGGUCUUAGCCUGAGUUGGGUCACAACAUCAUCACUACCACCAUACAAAUAUAUGGUACAAAAAUUAAGAAAUGGUUCCCUAAAUUCAUGUUAAAGGAAGUGGGUUCCAGGUCUGGAAACACGGAACACUACUCCAGGGGAGCAUUUGUGGGAGGGCUCUACAUUCCCAUAUGUAGGAAAAUAUUCUAAAGUUUAGUGUUCUUUUCUUUCCCUUCCAGCAAAACGUAAAAGGAAGUGCACAUAG